AAUCAACGAAGUUAUGACGCUUUUGCAUAGCGAAUCUACUAAUCGGGAAAACUCAUGUGAGUCACUUGCUGAUUAUGUAUUCCCUAAUAUGGAUGGUCGUUUCGACACAGUGAAUCACGUUGGAAGUAUUGAUGAAUUAACUACAGGGAGCUUGAUGGCUAAAGUUGAUGAAAAUGAUCGACCCACGGUAGCUAGAUCAAGUGCCAGAAAUCUGCUAUACACACAAGAAUCUGAUGUAACUGGAGAAAAUACAAUAGUUAAGAAUGCUGGGAAAUUAAGAGAUUUCACAUAUGCUGUACACUCGAGAAGUAUAAAUCAUUACAGUGUCAAACACCCUGGUGAGGUCCAUGACUGUAAUAAUAAGACCUUUAGACACAAGCAGAACAGCACAGUACCCAUACUGGGAAAGUAUGAACCACAUCUUUGUACCAGUCACACUGACUCAUACUUUGAUCAUGAUUUGGAAAUUAUUAAAAUGGAUAUACAUUUUUUGAAUAAUAAUGGAGCCAUACCAGAAAAUAAUGUGAGUAUUCAAAAUAAACAAUACACAGAUUUGAUCAUGUCCACUGACAAUAGUGAAGUUAACAGAGAUGAAUCCUUAAAUAUUUCCAACAAUGAAACAGUUCAACAGAAUAUAAAUUCUAACAUGUAUGAUGAAAAUGAAACCGAAUCUAUGAACAAUGACAUAAACGAUGAGUCUAAUAUUUGUGACAUUGAUAAAGAACCAUUAAACUUUUUGAGCAAUGAGUUGAAGCAGAAUAAGCAUGAUACAAUGAUUUAUGAACAUGAUUCGGUGAUUGAUGAAGCAAUUACGAAAAAAGACUUGAAUUUAAGCAACGCCGAAGCUAUCAUUGAAUAUAGCGAUAUGUCUGAGGGAAACACACCAACUAGUGAUACGGAUGCAUCAGAUAGAACCAUCCUGCCAAGUACUAAUCAAUACGAAUGCUCUGUGAUGUCAGAGUCUAGUUCAUUGAUGUCACAAUCUAGUCCAUUGAUGUCACAAUGCAAAAUCUUAGACAAGAACCAGAAUACUCCACUUGAUACUGGAGGCGCGGUUACCAUGACAAUGUCAAACAAUGAACAUGAUGUUAUAUUUGACACAAGUCAACCACAUUUAAAUAACAAUAUGAAACCUGAUGAAUUUGCUCGUCAAGUAUCUUUAAACAUGACAGAUGAUGGUAAAGGAUAUAUCAAUGUCAAAACUCUGAGUGCUGAUGUUAAUUCACAUCCCACGGGUGAUAAUGGAGUUACCACCCCUACAAUGUCAUCUGCUGCAUUAUUGAACUCAUCCAUAAUGACUAAAGGGACUAGUUUAUGUUGUAGCACAGGGAGUAAUGAUGUCAAAACUUUGGAAAAACACAAGGGAACCAAUAAUCUAUGCAUUGAUCAUAUUGCCUCUACUUGUGAAUCAUUUCGGUGCCAAAUAGCAGAUUCUUCAAGUGAUGAAAAUCUGAACAAUGAAGCAAGUGAUCAAUUUUCCCCUAUGUGC